AUGCGCGUGUUCACCUGCCUGGGCGCGGUCGCAUUGCUCGUGCAGACCGGGUUGGCGGUGACCAUCAGCGAGAUCAACGGCGACCGCUACAUCUCCCCCUACAAAGGCGAACACGUCUCGGGUCUGAAGGGCCUCGUGACAGCCAAGGGCAAGAGUGGUUUCUACCUUCGCUCCACGGAUGUCUCCUCCUCCUCCUCCUCCUCCUCCUCCUCCAACAGUCACACCUCCAACUCCGUCUACGUCUACGGUUCCCAGGGCGUGUCCAAGGUCGCGGUCGGGGAUAUCGUCACGCUGAGUGGAAAGGUGUCCGAGUACCGAUCGUCCUCCUCCUACGUCUACUCCACCGAGAUCGAGUCUCCCUCCGACAUCAAUGUCCUCUCCAGCGGGAACACCGUCACCCCCAUUGUCAUCGGACAGGACGGUCGCAACCCCCCCACGGAGCAGUACUCGUCGCUAGACAACGGGGAUGUCUUCAGCCUGCCGGGAGAUUCCAGCCAGCUGUCCAAUGCCAACCCCGUUCUCCGACCGACUGACUUCGGCAUGGACUUCUGGCAGAGUCUCAGCGGCGAGUUGGCCACCUUGACGGGUCUCGUGUCGAUAAGCAAGGCCGACUCGUAUGGCGAUACCUGGGUGACGGGCAACUGGCCGGUGACGGGGCGCAACGGUCGGGGAGGCUUGACCAUGCGCGCGAAGGAUGCCAACCCCGAAUCGAUCGUCAUCGGCUCGCCGCUCGACGGAACCAAAAACCCGACCAACAGAAAACUGGGGGACACGCUCGAGGACAUCACGGGGAUCAUCACGCAGGCAUACGGCUACUAUGCGCUGCUUCCGCUGACUGCCAUCAAGCAGACGGGGUCCAACUCGACGGAAGCGACCGCGACAACCCUCGUCUCGGAUGGGACCUGCCGCGCCAUCACCGUCGGGGAUUACAACGUGGACAACUUCUCGCCGGAUACAACCAGGAUGAGCGGGAUCGCCGAGCACAUUGCCAAGUACAUGAACAGCCCGACCGUGGUGUUCCUGCAGGAGAUUCAGGACAACAGCGGGUCGAAGGAUGACGGCGUCGUGUCGGCCAGCCUAACCCUGUCGCGACUGGCCAGUGCGAUUCAGGCGCAGGGCGGAGUCGCGUAUAAUUACACGGACAUCGACCCAAUCAAUGACACGAACGGCGGAGAACACGGCGGUAAUAUCCGGGUGGCCUAUCUCUACGACCCGUCAGUGGUUCGGCUGCGAGAUUACAGCCCCGGUUCCAGCACCGACGCAACCCAGGUCUUGUCGGGCGGCGCCCUGAGCCACAACCCUGGGCUGAUCGAUCCAGGAAACGAGGCCUGGGACGACAGUCGCAAGCCCCUCGUCGCUGAGUGGGAGACGCUGGACGGGCAGAACAGCUUCUACACCAUCAACGUGCACUUCACCUCCAAGUACGACAGUACGGGGCUGGAGGGCGACGAGCGACCGCCAGUCAACGGAUGGGUGGAGAACCGCGUGGAGCAGGCUCGAAUCGUUGCUAAAUUUGUAACCGCCCUCCUAGCUGAGAAGUCUGAAGCGAAAAUUCUCACGGGCGGGGAUUUCAACGAGUACGCGUUCGUCGAGCCGCUCGAGGUGUUCGCCUCCGAAUCGAAGCUGUUGGAUUUGGAGGAGGUGACGGGCAUCCCCGCCACGGAGCGGUACACCUACCUCUACAACCAGAACUGCGAAUCGCUGGACCACAUGUACGUGAGCUCGGCCUUGGCUGCGGGAGCCCAGAUGGAACACAUCCAUGUCAACACCUGGGUGUCCAGGGCCGACGAGCUGUCGGAUCACGAUCCUACAGUGGCGUUGUUCGACGUGUGUCAGUAGACAGACAGACAGACAGACAGACAG